UUUCGUAUUAGAAAAUUCCAGUGACCAAUUAGAGAAUUUUGGCUCUUUCUGCGUAGCUAACACUGUGAAAAUGGCUGCUUUAGCUUCUACGUUCUUCUUUUCCCCUCCAAAACUCUCACUCUCUUCUUCGUCUUCAAAUCCAGUCUCCAAAUGUUGGCCCGCAAAAUCUCUGUCGCCGGAACAUCGCCGUAACUUAGUCUGUAAGAUCGUCGCUUCCGCUCUUGGCAAGAGACUUACUGUCACUUCGGAGCUCUCGGAUGAAGAUUCUUCGCAUAAUAGCUUCAAACAGCUCGUGGAUUCAGCGUUCGUGCUCUGCGCUUCGGUCGCGUUAUCAGUUUCGUUGUUCGCUGGUGAUGUUGAUUCGGCGUCUGCUUUUGUAGUUGCGACGCCGAAGAAAUUACAGCCAGAUGAGCUGGCUACAGUUCGUCUUUUCCAAGAGAACACUCCUUCUGUUGUAUACGUUACUAACAUCGCGUCCAGGCAGGACGCGCUUACGUUGGAUUUGCUGGAGGUGCCUCAGGGGUCAGGAUCAGGAUUUGUAUGGGAUACGCAGGGCCACAUUGUCACGAAUUAUCAUGUGAUUCGGGGUGCAUCUGAUGUCAAGGUUACUCUAGCAGACGAGAGCACAUAUGAUGCAAAAGUUGUUGGUUUUGAUGCGGAUAAAGAUGUUGCCGUUCUCAAAAUUGACGCGCCAAAAGACAAGUUGAGACCAAUACCAAUUGGUGUAUCGGCGGACUUGCUUGUUGGUCAGAAAGUAUAUGCAAUAGGAAACCCUUUUGGGCUUGACCACACACUUACAACCGGUGUCAUCAGUGGACUUCGUAGAGAGAUCUCAGGGACAACUGGUCGUCCAAUCCAGGAUGUCAUCCAGACUGAUGCUGCAAUUAAUCCUGGCAAUAGUGGAGGGCCUCUUCUUGAUAGUUCAGGGAACCUUAUUGGCAUAAAUACAGCCAUAUAUUCUCCGUCCGGUGCAUCAUCUGGUGUUGGAUUCUCAAUUCCAGUUGACACUGUGAGUGGCAUUGUUGAUCAAUUGGUCAAGUUUGGCAAAGUAACUAGACCGAUUUUGGGAAUUAAGUUUGCGCCUGAUCAAAUGGUGGAGAAACUUGGAGUUAGUGGGGUUCUUGUCUUGGAUGCUCCUCCAAAUGGGCCAGCAGGCAAAGCAGGUCUUCAACCUUCCAAGCGUGAUACCUUUGGCAGACUUAUUUUGGGUGACAUAAUUACAUCUAUUAAUGGAAAGAAGGUCUCCAACGGCAGUGAUUUGUACAGAAUCCUCGACCAAUGCAAAGUAGGUGACAAGGUAAUUAUCGAGGUGCUUCGUGGUGAUCACCUGGAAAAAAUACCAGUAACCCUCGAACCAAAGCCUGAUGAGACCUGAUGUACCAACUCUUGAUUGCUGUAAGUCUUAUAUUACAUCAAGUAAAUUACUAUUUUUCUGUGUUAUCCACUGAGCAUUUAACAUUAUAAAUAGUCCACGAAUGGAAAUGCUGUAUGACAAACACUUGCUGAGCCUCAAUAUAAAAUGUAGCAGGAAAUGCAAGUAAAGCAUUUUUCAUGUCACUUCUCUUCAUGUUAAUGAGACAAAAGAUGGAGAUCAGAUGAUCAUUUAUUUAAUUAUUUAAUAUGUUUGAUACAA